GCGCUGCGAGCGAGCGCUCAGUCGGCCCAAGGAGCUGCAAGCAGCACGCGGCUUGUCGGCCUGACUGACGUUCAAGGGCUCUGGGGUGGACGCGCGGACCGACUGUGAACAGACAGACGCACGGCGGCCGCAAGGUUCCCUGGCAGGCUCUCACCCAGAGGCGGGCAGCGGACGGUGCCUAGUGGGAUCGCGCUGCCCUCCGCCGCCUGGCCUGGGUGCAGGCGUCCAGCGGCCGCCGCAUCCAAAGUGAUCGCUGCCUCUCCGUCUCCGCCAGGCUCGGGACCAUGAAGCUGCUGCCGUCGGUGGUGCUGAAGCUGUUUCUGGCCGCAGCGUUGUCCGCGCUAGUGACGGGUGAGAGUCUGGAGCGGCUUCGGAGAGGUCUGGCGGCAGCAACCAGCAACCCUGACCCUCCCACUGGUUCCACAAACCAGCUGCUACCCACGGGAGGUGACCGUGUUCAGAAAGUCCAGGACUUGGAAGAGACAGACCUUUUCAGAGUUGCUUUUUCCUCCAAGCCACAAUCGCUAGCCACGCCAAGCAAAGAAAAGAAUGGGAAAAAGAAGAAGAAAGGCAAAGGAUUAGGAAAGAAGAGAGACCCGUGUCUCAGGAAAUACAAAGACUACUGCAUCCACGGGGAGUGUAAAUACCUGAAGGAUCUCCAGACUCCGUCGUGCCAGUGCCACCCAGGUUACCAUGGAGAGAGGUGUCAUGGGCUGACCCUACCAGUGGAGAAUCCCCUAUAUACAUAUGACCACACUACAGUCUUGGCUGUGGUGGCCGUAGUUUUGUCGUCCGUCUGUCUGCUUGUCAUAGCGGGACUUCUCAUGUUUAGGUACCAUAGGCGAGGAGGUUAUGACGUGGAAAGUGAAGAGACGGUGAAGUUGGGCAUGGGUACUUCCCACUGAGAAGAACUUGUGCUCUAGGUUGGACUCAGCUUUCAAUGUCUCCCUCUCGUGCUUCAGGAACCUUCAGGGGAUGGCUACCUCUGAGACCGUGGUUCAUUACAAGUUCUGCAGAGGGGAAAUACCUCACAAGCAGCCAUGAACACGUCUUCAUUCCCAGGUGCUUCUCUGACUGGGCUUCCCAUAAUCUCUCUGCAAUAAUACCAGAGUCUCCCAAGUGCCAAACAGACUGUGCCCACUGGGAUCCGGAUCAGAAGGAAGUCGAAGCGAGGGGGCCCCUCAGGCCUUUCUGAUUCUCGUCCACUGAACCCACUGGCUUGUUUAAACACUUAGCUUCGGGGUUGACGUGCCAACUGGUUUCCAUAUUGACUGAAAAGAAGGAGAGGAAUGAUGAAGGAUUUAUUGGACUGGAAGAAAACGACAGAGUUGAAAAGCCAUGCAUUCAAGUAGCCACAAGGAAUCUGCUGUUUGGACCCUCCAGCACGCUGGAUCUGAUGAGCUAACUGUGAAAUACCACAAGCCCAAGAACUCUGAGUUUUGGGACUUCUACCCAGAGGGGAAAAAUAACAACUAUUUUUU